UAAUUUGAUAAACCUAAAAACAUUAAUAAACAAACACUCAUAUCUCUCUCUCUUUCGAUCGACUCUCACUCCACCAGCCGCCGUCCCCGUCGUCGGCGGCGCUACAUUCGACGACGCUCCCUCUUCCUACUUCUUCCUUGAUCUAUAUCUCUCUCUUCUCUCGGCGACGGCAACCUAACUUCGACGACAUCAACUCAGUAAGUGGCGGCGGAUUCACUUUCACUCUACGGCUACAGGGCGGGAUGGAUCGCCUGCUGCCCUGUUGGAUUUGCCUCACACUUUUCCCAAUUUAUUAAACGAGAUUGCUGAUUCAAAGUAAAUGGCUGAAAGUAUGAGGGGUGAUUCGGUGGAAGAGUUCAGGGGUCUUCGUAUUACCUCCUUGGAUGACGAAGACGAAGAAGAUCAAGAAAUUGAUAUUGAUGAAGAAGAUGAUGAAGAUGAAGAAACUGAUUAUGCGGUUUUAGGUUUUGUGGAAAAGCCGAAGAACCCCCAUUCCCUUCUCCGCCAUUUUUUCCCAUCCAAGGCUGGAGGUGUUCCUGCUUGGUUGGAUCCUGUGAAUCUACCAUCAGGCAGAUCUUUUCUUUGCGACAUAUGUGGAGAACCCUUGCAGUUCAUGCUGCAGGUCUAUGCACCAGAGGAUGUGGAAUAUGCAUUUCAUCGGACGUUAUUUGUGUUUAUUUGUACGUCAAUGGCUUGUCUUCGCAUAGAUCAACAUGAACAAUGGAAGCGUCAUCCCGAUAAACCUUGUAGAAGUGUGAAGGUUUUUCGUUGCCAAUUACCACGUGGUAAUCCUUUCUACUCUAGCGAGCCUCCGAAAGAAGAUGACAAACCUCCUGGAAUUAAAGUUCCAUCUUGUACUUGGUGCGGUACAUGGAAAGGGAUUAAACCGUGCUCAAGUUGUGAAAAGGCAAUUUAUUGUUCAGAGAAACAUAGGGUCAAGCAUUCUCAGUUAGGCCAUGAUUAUGAUUGUCAACGUGUGCGUAUUGCUUCUAAUUCAAUUGAGAGUAGUCUUGGUAACAGUGGAACCAUCUCCAGUGAAUUACAAGAAGUAGUUGCAUGCACUACUUUAUGGCCAGAACUUGAAGUAAUACAGGAGGAUGAAGAUGAAUUCGACACACGAAUACCCGAUGAAAAUGGGGCCGUGAGUACGCUGCUCCCUAGGAACCGAACAGAUGACACAAUAAUGUCAUUGAUGAAGGAAUUUGAGGGUGAUGAUGAGAGAAAGAGUUGGUUAUCAUUCGAAGAGCGCAUCGCUUGGGCACCGGAACAAGUGAUAAGGUAUUGUAAAACUCCUGAUUCGAAACCGCUGUGGCCCACAUCGAGCGGGCGACCAUCAAAGGAUGACAUCCCCAAAUGCAGCUACUGCAGUGGCCCUAUGCGUUUUGAAUUCCAGAUAUUGCCUCAAUUACUUUACUACUUUCGUGUGCGAAAUGACGUGGAUUCGCUCGAUUGGGCAACAAUCGUCGUGUAUACUUGCAAAGCUUCUUGUGAGUACAGUGUGGCUUACAAAGAAGAAUAUGCAUGGGUCCAGCUCUCUUAAGUAUAUGUUCUUUAUAAACACAACAUUUUGCAACCUUUUUUUAUUUCUAUUAGCUCAGCAGGAACAUCCUUAUCGAAAUGAGAAAUCUUAGUAUUGUUAUAUCAGGGCUGAACAUUUGUAUCGGGUCUGGCCUAGACAGUCAACACGACCGUACCGACUCAGCCAAACCCGAAAAUAUGAAGGAAAAAAAAAGAAAAUUGUUUGGACUAGGCAGGUCGGGUUAAACCUGGUCCUGAUGCACGAGCGGGUUCGAGUGCAUUGUUUGGGUACAUUGUAGUCUUUUCUUAGGAGUUCGGUUUGUAAGGGUUCAUAGGUGUUGGGUGUUUAUUUUUGAAAUUCAUUAUUUCGUUCCCUCUUUCUUUCUCACUCUCAUUUGUGUUUUCCAUUGAUACUUAACUCUUGCUCGGCGAAACCUCAAAAAGGAAAAGGCAAAACAAAAGGGUUCGGGUUCAAGUUUACCCGGUUACACUAACAGGCGGAUUCGGGUAUUGAAUUUAAGCAACGAUCGACUUCCAUACCUUGUUGGAGACUCAAAAUUAGUAAGAUAAAACAAUCAUUUAUUUUUAUUACAUAUCAUAUACUAUAAAGUUUAAUUUUUUACUUUUAUA